AUGGUCUCUUUCACGAAGCUCGCCCUUCUGGCCCUGGGCGCCGUCCAAGCCCAGGCGCAGUGCGUUGGUCCGUCCAUCAACACCGCGGCCCUCAACCUGAUCAAGGAGUUUGAGGGAUGGCGUCCCAACAUCUACCUCGACCCCGUCGGCCUCCCUACCGUCGGCUAUGGCCAUCUCUGCCGCGACUCUCGCUGCUCUGACGUCCCCUACCCAAUUCCCCUGUCCGUCGCCAACGGCGAGCGUCUUCUUCGGAGCGACCUGAUUACCUACCAGAACUGCAUCACGCGGCAGACGGCCUCCUCCGUCGUCCUCAACGCCAACCAGUACGGCGCCCUGGUCAGCUGGGCCUUCAACGUCGGCUGCACCGCCACCAGCACGUCGACCCUGAUCCGCCGCCUCAAUGCCGGUGAGGCCCCCAACACGGUUGCCGCCCAGGAGCUGCCUCGCUGGAACAUGGCGGGCGGCCAGGUCCUGCCCGGCCUGACGCGCCGCCGCGCCGCCGAGGUCGACUUGCACCGCACUGCCACUAGCGUCCGUGCUCUGCCUGCUUGCUCUUAG